GUGUAUUCUGCAUUGCGGUUUCGUUUGUUAACUUCUUAAAUAGACACAGGCAAGGGAGAGGUCAUUCAGUUGAGCGCCAGUCUCAGAGAGUGAGUAUAAAGCCAUCCAUCUGCUCUCGCGAUUAAAUUAUCUACAGGCAAGUCUCAUUGCGGACCGAUUGUGGAGUAAAACUAAGCUUUGAUCCACGAGAACCUAAUUAUCAAUAUGAAGUGGGCAAUUCUUUUGGCGACACUCAUGCUUUUUUUACAUCAAACUAAAGGUCAGACGUUGGCCUCUGUGACUUGUAACUCCAAUCACACUGUGAGUAUAGUGAUCUCAAGCGUGGAUGAUGUAAAAUUUUGGAACCCAUCAGACUGGAGAACAUCGACUAACACUACAGCGUGUCAACCAACAUUUGAUGUUGGUGCUGAAACAGUUACCUAUGAAGCUCUAUACCUCCCUGACUGUGCUUACGAGUCAAACCAGAAAGAUGGAGAAGUUCAAUACAUCCUCAAAAUCAGCGCUGAAAAGACUUCAGGUGAUUCAGUGACAGGGCAGUUGCGCACUUAUGACCACCUGUACUACGUCACGUGUAACUACGAUAACACAGGCAGAGCUUCGGCGAAUUUCGUGCCGAUCAAGAACCGAGGGAAUAACGACACAGAUGACGGAGUUUUCACCUUUUCUCUCAUGGCGUAUAGCGACGAAGCACAUACUACGCCGGUUUCCAACCCUGUUGCUCUGGAUGUAGAGAUUUUCUUCAAAGCUUACUUCGAGACUCAAAGCAGCGCCCCCAACCUUGACUUGUACCCUGUGCGAUGCUAUUCAUCAGAAAGCAAUGAUGCAGAUGAUACUGGUGCUAACUUUACUCUUAUAAGCAACGGUUGUGGCAGUGAUACUGUCAGCGCAGACCUCAGCGACACAUUAGGAUACACUUGUGUCAACGACGACACAUCUGAAACAUUCUCACUCAAAACUUAUCGGUAUUUUGGAGCAGAUCCAAACGACUAUGUUUACAUCCACUGUGAUUUCAGAGUUUGCUUGGCAGAUGUAACCAGUUCCGUCUUUGCAUCUGAAGACCAAGAUGAGAAGAGCCAGUCUUUCCAGACCGUAGCAAUUGUUGGGGCAGUAUGUGGUGUUGUGGCUGUAUCUGUCAUCUGCGCUACCGUCUACCUCGUCAUUCGCUAUCGCAGCAAGCGCACGCAAAGUGGUGAUCUGCACGUGGUCACCUAA